CUAGCAGUCGUAUGGUUAUUGAGCUCUGAUUGGAGCAACUCACGUCAGUCAAGAUUUGUAGCAAGUUUGGUUGCAGUGUCGCGGUUGUUGAUGUAGCUGUCAGAAGUCAGCAGACGCAGAGGCGAGCUAGCAGGUAACAAUGCAGUUCCUCGGACGGCUGUUGGACACAAUGUCCUCUGUGUCAACCCUCUUCACCAACCCCUACCGGGUCAGGGAUGUGCCGCUCUCCGACUACGGUGGAGGAGGCAAAGUCAUGCUGAAGGAGGAGGGACGCAUGGUCCUGUACAAAAACACCCAGUGCCAGUCAUGGGACUGUCUGCUUAUGUGCCCUGAGAUGCCUACUGUGACUCUGAGGCUGUUUCAGGUGGCGUCAGAGGAGGAUGCCAUGAACUGGUUCCCCCAAUAUGCCCUCAAGCUUCGCCCCUUCUAUGAGACACUUCCGCUGAAGGCUGAGACCACCCAGCCAAUCGUGGACUGCAUCCGCAACCACCCGGACUGGAGUUCCGCCCACAUCGCCGUGGAGACAGGCCUAAGAGAGUGUCUCAAACACAACUAUGUCCAGAGUCAGAUCAAUGCCCGGGAUGCGUCAGGUCAGACGCCGCUGCACCGGGCAUGUGAGCGUGGUGACUCAGCGUGUGUGAAGGAGCUGUUGGAUGAAAGCCAGGCACGCACCGACAUCAAAGACCGCAACGGAGAGACGCCCAUGCACUGUGCCGCCAAGCAGGAUUCUCCUGCCAUCAUCCAGAUAAUGUGCUCGCGGUUGUGCUCCGGCGUGAAUGAGCUGAACGACAACGGGGAGACGCCGCUCCAUGUGGCCUGCCGUCUGGGACGCAUGGAGUCUGUCAAAGCUCUGUUGGGGGGUGGGGCCAAGUGUGGUGUCAUUGGUGGCGCUGGCUACCCCAUCCACAGUGCCAUGAAGUACAGUGAGAAGGGCUGUGUGGAGGAGAUCCUCAAAGCAGACCCAGGCCAGCUUCAGGCUGAGGACUCUUUGUAUGGAGGGACGCCUCUCCACUGGGCCAAAACUGCUGAGAUGUGUCGUAUGCUGCUGGAACGUGGCUGUGCAGUAAACUACCUCAGUAAAACCGGAGAGAGCGCCCUCCAUAUUCUGACCAAGAAGGGCCGCUUUGAGGCGGCCAUGGUGCUGCUCACCCACGGAGCGAAUGCCAACCUGAAGGGCCAGGAUGGAAACACAGCCCUGCACCUAGCUAUGAAGAUGGACCACAUAGAAUUGAUCAAAGCUCUGAUUGUGUUCGGGGCUGAUGUAGAGAUCCACAAUGACCUGGGAGAAACACCUGGACUUAUCGCUGCUCGCACCAGCAAAGGUCCUAAUAGAAAGAUACUGCUGGACAUGCUGUGUAGUGUAGGGGUCCAGCGGUGCCUCCCACCCUCCCCCAGCAGUCCUCCCCCCAUCUCCAACAAAGCCAAGCCUGCAGGCAUAGGGUUUGAGGACAUCAUGUACGUGGGGGCUGCAAUCAGUGCAAUGAGCAGAGGCACAUCUGAAGUGGACGGCCCCAAAAUGGAGAAAAAGAAGAUGGACAGCCUGCUGUGUCUGGAUGGUGGAGGAAUUAAAGGCUUGGUGUUGAUCCAGAUGUUGAUCGCUCUGGAGAGAGAGGCCGGUUGUCCCACCAGAGAGCUCUUCGACUGGGUGGCUGGCACCAGCACUGGGGGCAUCCUGGCCCUCGCUAUAAUCCAUGGUAAGUCCAUGGAGUACCUGCGCUGCCUGUACUUUAGGAUGAAGGAGCAAGUGUUCAGGGGGUCACGGCCUUAUGAAUCAGCACCACUGGAGGACUUCCUGAAGAAAGAGUUUGGAGAAAACACCAAGAUGACAGAUGUCCAAUACCCCAGGGUGAUGGUGACCAGUGUUCUAGCAGACAGACAUCCAGGCGAGCUGCACAUCUUCAGGAACUAUGACCCUCCCUCUGUCCACAGAGAGCCCCCAUAUGCCACCAAUGCCACGUUCAAGCCCCUCACCAUCCCACAAGGAUGGGAGGAUGAGGAUGUGUUGAUAGUAGGAUACACAGAGGAGCCACUCAGAAAACGUAGGAAUGUGACAGAUGAAGAACAACUUGUGUGGCGAGCCGCCCGCUCCAGCGGUGCUGCCCCCAGCUACUUCCGACCAAUGGGUCGCUUUCUGGAUGGAGGGCUGCUGGCCAAUAACCCGACGCUAGACGCCAUGUCAGAAAUCCAUCUGUACAAUAAAGCCUUAAAAGCAGAGGGCCGUGGGAAGGAACCCAAGAAGUUGGGUGUAGUGGUCUCCCUUGGUACAGGUAAACCUCCUCAGGUGGUGGUGAGCUCUGUGGAUGUUUUCCGACCCUCCAACCCUUUAGAGCUGGCCAAGAGCUUUGUAGGAGCCAAGGAGUUGGGCAAGAUGCUGGUAGACUGCUGUACAGACUCUGAUGGCUGUGCAGUGGACAGAGCCAGAGCCUGGUGUGAAAUGAUCGACACAAUCUACUACAGAUUGAGUCCCCAGUUGUCUCAGGAGGUGAUGCUGGAUGAGGUGAGUGACGCGGUCCUGGUGGACAUGCUGUGGGAAACCCAGAUGUACCUGUACGAGAAGAGGGAAAACCUCCAGUCCCUGGCAAGGCUGCUACUGGACAACUGAACGCAUAAGAAAAUCACGAGGAGAGGCUGCGAAAAGAUGGGACUAGGAGAGCAGAAGAGAUGUAGAAAUAUGAGAGCAAAGAGGGGUCCCGUGAGUGGAGUCAAAGACAAGAGUGACUGGACGAGGCACAAAGAUUAGUGAGCCAUGUGUCUGAUUCAAGACUGUAACGUCUGUGUUGGUGUGCUCUUUCUUUAAGACAGGCUCCUUUGAGACGACGUGACCACAAUGACACACUAGCAAAUGUGUGAAAACAAGACAGACAGUGAAAACUAACACAGAAAAACGACUUAACGUAGCCUAUUGAAAGGCAAGUUAUGUAGCAUCAUGUGACGUUAUCACCACUAUCAUGUUUUUUUUAAGUUUACUGUUUGUAUAUAUACCAGUGAAAGAUAAUGUGGAGUUUUCCCUUCUUUGGUAUGUGAAUACAUUAAAAAUGUAGGAGGAAGUGGUAUCAGCCAAAUCAGACCAUGAGUAUACUGACUAUAACGCUGUCAGCUAACUGUCGCCCUCCCCCUCUUCAUAGUGUUGGGCUACAAAUAGAGUCAGAGCACGUUUGAAUCCAAUUUUGAUUGGUUGUGAUAAAACUACUGUUUAACACUCCUACUCAUUCCUCCUUCUUUUGUUCCUCUUUUUAAGUAGCUGCAAAGGCACUCAAUAUGCAGAAAUUUUCCAUAAGGCCAUAUGAUCAAAGGGACCCUGCAGUACCGCUACAAAAACUGCAGUAUACUGUAGCACAGCUUGGAUGAUGGUGAUGAUGAACCAGUUCUGCCUUAUGUGUCUGGGACCCAAAUAUGUACUGUUUCCUUUCUUUUCUCCACAACACAAUUUCAUGCCUUUACUGUAUACAGUAUUUAUACCGACUUUAAACACAAUAUUUAACCUCACACCCAUGGAUAACUUGCUUGCACACUGUUACAACCUCCCAGUCUACUGUGAACGUGUCUUGAGCACAUAUUUAACAUGUACUGUCAAAACUGGACUUGAAAAACUAGACUCCAAUUUUCAAAUUACUUGAAAGACAAAGAAACAGAAAACCCACUGCUUCUUACACAACAUAAACUAGGGGUUACAAAUUAUUUCCUAUGUUUUUUGUAUCUGGAUUAAUUACUUAAGUGUAUACUGGUAUGGUAAUAAAAUGUAUUAAUAUGGA